AACGCACCACUGCCAUGUUUGUACUCUGAUCGUGGAUAGCAAUCAUUGCCGCAUCGAAGCUGUUCCUUUGCUAGUCUUAUGUUUUGUGCCAUCAUAAUGGUGAAGUACUGACGAUUCAAUGCACUCUGCAGUUUUGUAGUCAGACUCUAAGCGGGACGUGCCUUGCACCAUGUCGGCCAACGCUCCGGAUUAUGACUUUGAUGAAUAUGACAAACCCGGUGCUGAGCGGUCACGCAGGAGGAGAGGUCAAGAUGAUGAUCUUGGGAGUGAUUUGGAAGAUGAAUUGUUGGAGGAGGAUUGGCUGUCAAGUAAAAAGAAUCCCUCAGAAGUAUCAGACGAAGAGCUGAAUGACGACCUUCUUCAAAGUGAUGAUGAAGAAAUAAACAUGAGCGCUCAGUAUGUGAGCCUCAAUGCCACAUAUGACUUGGGCACAUCCGAUGACCAGCAGGACAACUCGCAGGAAGCAGACUACACAGACGACAUUGUGAACCUGGGUGCAGAAGGCUGUGAAGAAGGGGAUGUAGAGGAGGAGCAUUAUCAGCAAGAGGCAUAUACAGACGAAUACAGUCAGGAAGACAACACAGAGACGCCUGAAGACCAAAUGCAUUACCCUGGAGAGAUGGCAGGGGGUGACGAUGGCUACCAGGAUGAAGUGCUAGACAUCCAAAUCAAUGAGCCUAUAGAUAGUGAAUUUCAAGAUGAUGAAUACCAAACCUCCUAUGGUGUUGAGUCUCUUGAUGAAGAUGGAGUCCAACAAGAGGAGAACCCUGAGGAGAUGGGGGGUGAAGAGCAGCAGGAUGAAGAAGACACCGCUGAGGGAUUUCACGCCUACGAGACAGAAGAGGGUGAUAAUGCAGCUCUGCCUGAAGAUGAAACAAAGGAGGACUCUGAGGAAGAAGAUGAGGAAGAUGAAGAGUCUGGCCGCUUACGGUUCAAAUCUGAGAGAAAGGAUGGCGCUGUUGUGCGGCUGGCGGAUGCAGGCAACAAAAGGAGGAACAUUCCCGAGACACUUGAGCUAUCAGAGAAGGCCAAGCAAGACUUGAUGGAGUUUGAGGAACAAGAACGGCAGAAGAGACAAAACCGGUAUGGUGGCCGAGGCAGAGGAGGAGGGCGAGGAGGCAGAGGAAGAGGAGGUUUCCCUCCAUUUGGAAUGGGAGAGUUUAGAGGAAACAGAGGACGAAUGAAUGACCAGAGGCCACCUCUGAUGCCAAACAUGGGCAUGCAGCCGCCCUCACGAAUGCCUCCUCCUCAUCAGCCUCAUCAGCAUCAACUGCAGUCCCAGCAACAUCACCCUUUGCAUCCAAGAGGCCCUCCUACCUUCCAAGAGCAUGGGCGCCCUCUCCCCCAGCAGCCCCUUCAGCCCCUCAUCCCCCUGCACAUGGCUCAUCGCUCCCCGCCACUGCGACCCCAGAUGGAGCCACCGCCACGAAUGAUGAGCUCCCCGCCUCCUAGCUUCCCUCAGCAUCACCAGCAGCAGCCUCCGCAGCCCAAAAACAUCCACAUUAACCCCCACUUCAGAGGGCCUGCAUCGUCCCCUGUACAAGUGCCCUUGAUGCCUCCUGCUCAGAGCCAGCCCAGACCUGCUGAGGGUCCUCAGAGGUUCCCUGGACCGGGAGACUUCCAGCAGCACAUGACUGGUAAUUUUGGUCAGCCCCAGCGGCCCCCUCAUCACAUGGAGCCCUUUAGGAACCAGCCACCUCAAGGCCCUCAGGACAGAGAGCCCCUCUUUAUGGGAGAACGCACAGAUUCAACACGGUUUCCAGGGCAGCACAUGUUUGAUCACCAGGGCCCCAGCCCUCUGAUGAACAGCAGCAACAACCUCCACCAGCAACAGCUGCCCGGCCCAGGCCACAUGGGCUUCGGCCCACCAGGACCAGCCUUCAACCAGCCCGGUCAGGGCCCACUAGGACUGUUUCCAAGAGAACCCCCAAGACCCAACCUCCCUCCUCACCAAAGUCACCAGGGGAUGGUGAACAUGAAUCAACAAGGUGGCCCCCCUAACCAGCCCAGGCCUUUCAUGGGCCCUCGUCAGCCGUUUGGCCAGCAGGGGAACCUUUUCCCUCCUCCACAAGUUCAGUUUGGGAUGCAGGUACGACUAAGAGGCUUAAUGCACGGCCCUCCUGUAUCUCAGCUUCCACAUCACGACCAAAUGCCACCCCAUCAGCCCAUGCACCAGCAGCAGCCACCGCACCAUAGGCAGGAGUUACCUCAUCAUCAUCAGCAACAGCUCGGUCUCAGUGAGCCUCGCCCCAUGAUGCGCCACGGCCAGAAUCCUUUUCAUCAACAGCAGGCGCAUGGUAGCCCCAGGCAGAUGACUCCCCGCCCUCAGAACCCCCAACAGCGCAACAUGUCCAACAGGCAGAGAAUGAACGCACCUGUCUCCAAGCAAAUGCAGCCGCGCAACAGCAACCUACGGGAGCUCCCUGUGGCACCUGGCAACACAAACAUGAACAGUGCCCGCCCUGCCACCGCCCCCGCCUCCUCCGCUACCAACAUCAAGCCUGUUGCCAGGACAACACCGGGGAUGCGUCCUGGGCAGAACACUCAGCCGAUGUCUUACGGUGGAAGAGGAAGAGGCCAAGUUGCUGCAAAGAUGGAACCACAGCCUGGGGGAGCAGGCAGGACAGUGGUUCGCAAGGAAAUCCCAAGCACACUGUCCAGCAUGGCACCACAGGACCCUGAUGAGGAUGAGGAGACGCGGCAGUAUCGCAUGAAGAUUGAGGAGCAGAAGCGUCUAAGAGAGGAGAUCCUGAAGAAGAAGGAAAUGCGACGACAGAUGCAGGCUGGCAUGAGAAAGAAGGAGCUGCUGGAUAGACUUAAUGCCCACACACCAAGCCAAGGCCCCAUUCCUACACAGGUUCAGCCUGCACAAACAAAUCCGCAAACACCACACCCUGUAUCACAACAACAACCACCACCACAGCUGGAACAAAAACAGCAGCAACCAUUGCAGCCACAACAGCAGAGACCGUUUUCUCAGAGAACACAACAAUCAUUAAAUCAGCCAUUGAGGAAUCCUAAUCAGGGCAACUCCAUCCCUGCCAGCAGCGCUCCUCAGACCCCUGCAUUGCGUCCCAAUGUCAAGACGCGACUGCAGAUGGUUAAAGGCAGCAUCCAGCAGCAGCAACAGACUCCUGGGCCUGGUCCAGAUCAGCAGUGGAGCCAGCCACAACAAAAUGAGCAGCAACAGCUGCACCAGCAACGAAGGAACAGUAAUCUGCAGAACGUAAACCGACCUGGUGCUCCAAUUCAAUCUAUUCAGGGUCCUCAAAAGAACAUACUUGUAAAUCCUUCAGUGAACCCUGGCCAGGCUCAGCCUCAAGGAGGUAAACUUGGGGCUAAAAGAACUGUGAUGCAGCGAGCCAAGAAUUCUGGUUUCGAAGACCAGCAGGUGCCGCAAAAAGUCAGAGUCGUCAAACUUUCAGGAGCGAGUGGAAAGGGGCCUGAGGACACCAGCAGCCCAGCGCACCAACAAGGCACCUGGCCAGCAUCUCCACUUAACCAGGGCAUCCAAAGGAAGGUUACUAUGACAGGACAGCAGCAACAGGGACCAGGCGGCACACCGCCGGCUAGCCGAGGGGGCAUGGGCAACCCACAGCAAAAUAGGGUUGUUGUGUCGGGCCGGGGCCGAGGUAGAGGGGCCGGUCAGAUGGGUCGAGGUCGUGCGAUAUCCACCAGACAGAACCAAAGAAGUGCAGAGAGGGAACGCUGCACCGUCUCCAUAGAGGGCCUUUCCUCAUCUACAACCGACAUUCAGCUGAAGAACCUUCUCAGGUCCAUCGGCCCCAUAGAGAUGUUCAAAAUGAUUCCCCAACAGAGGAAAGCAGUGGCUACUUUUUCCAGUGCCCAGCAUGCAGCGAGUUUCCAAAUGAGCUUCCACAGGCAUAUGAUUGAUUUGUCCCACAUUGAUGUGUCGCUGAUUGAUGGAUGAGGAGCACAAUAAAGCCAGGAAGUCCUGUUGCGUGAAGUCACUAUCUCCCGACGCUGGAGCCUCUUGCACAACUCUACCUUGGUCUAAGAAUCUUUCGUCAUCUCUUUGGGGUCACUGAUAUUCACCGUCUUUGCACAGAAGCGUCACUCAUCAUUCGUCUCCUAUCGGCUUGGAGCAGUGAACACAAAGACAUUAACUGCGAGCAUGCCUGUGUUUGACUCUGCCUACCAGAUGUCUGUAGUUGUAAAAAUGGCACUGGAGAGACACUGGACAGUUAAUAUCCUACUUUGAUGUAGUUUGUGAAGAAUGUUUUUUUUGCAUCUAACACGGACACUAAGUAGAAUUUAUCAUGGGAUAAUGGUUGCUCCCCUCUUCAGUGAGAUUCACAAUAAGAAAUACAACAGGACACUUGAACGUAAUAAUUCGACUAUUGCCUCUUUGUAGUUUUUUUUUGUUUGUUUGAUUUUUUACAUCAUUUGUAGUUUGGUUGUCAUGCAGCUAAUUGUUGUGGCAGAAUGUGGUCUGCCUGUCCAUAUGGGCUUUUCCUUCGCAGUGUUUCUCCCCCCCUGUAGAUGGCAGUAUUUUAUCACUGUUGGUGUUUCAUUCUGUCCAACCCAAGCCUGCUCUUAGGUACCAUCUCCAGUCAGUUUUUUGGUCGGUGGCACUACCUAGUGGGGAUCUUGCGUACAGGCACAGAGCUGACCUGGGUGCCAUGAUUUAACAUUUUGACACAGAACAGCGAGUGAAACCGAGUUAGCGUAGGUUGUAACGUUGGUUUCCUAAACUGAAAGUGGUCUUGUGAAAUUGUAAAUGUUAACUCUCGAGUAGAUUCAGUUUCAGUGCGGGCUCCUGGAUAGAUCGUUCAGAUCAUACCUCUCAUUUAGGUUAAUUUUUUGCUCGUUUGACAUUGCUCUUCAGGUCUUUAAGGUCCUUUAACUGCGAACUGGAAUGCAUUUUGGAUUGGAUGGAUAUUUUGUAAUUGUACGGCUGAUUAUGGAGCAGUAAGAUUUAAGUGUCUUGUCUGUGCUGAGUGUGUUUUGAGGGAGUGCGUAUGUGGAGAUUUUUUUUAUAUGUACAAUCUAAAUGUAUAUUGUUGAGAACUUGUCAUGUUUGGUAGAUCUGACAGAAUCGGUUACAUUUCUUUGUAGAAUAAGAGCACAUUUCUGUAAGGUUUUGCAAGAAGUUCUUUCUGAUUUUUCUCUGGAAUUGGGAAUAACUGGCCUGAGUUCAUAUGACUAUCAGCUGAUAAUUUGGUGCCUUAUCACUGAACUACGUAGUGUACCUGGAAUAGCACUUUGAACGGUUUUCUGUCACAUUCAUGAUUUGGCUUAGACAACGGUAAAGAAAUUCACCACAUUACAUACCGCUAUAGAUGGAAUUUCCGUUGUUAAAAUGCUGAUAAACCCUUCUAAAUAUACUGAAAAAUUCUCAGAUUUUUUCAAAGAUGUUUCAGAAAUUUUAUACACAAUUCCUUUUUUAUGUUCUCUGAACAUUUGCCCUUGUUUAGGCAGUGCUACCACAUCACUGAAACCUUAAAUCCUCUAAAUGCUAAACAAUUUUGUGUCUGGUUUUAGGUUUGAUUUCAUGAAACAUCGUCAUUAAACUAAAUAUAGUUCAUCAGUUAGACGACUUCUGCUACUACAUGAUUUUCUUUUCUUUCAUCAUGCAACAUUUUUGUCAAUUCUGGGUUUAAAAUUAAAAACAAAAAUAGUUCAGACAUCGGUUCUCUACACUCACUAAUAACUGAAGCUCAGAAGUGAUAUUUGUGUAAAUUAUUCAACAGAUUGCGAUAUUGGAAGUCGAGGGGGGGCAACCAUUAUCUGAGUAGUGAUCCUGUACAUAAGUAGGCCAGAAGUUUCACUAAGUAUUUAUCUUGUUAAAUUCUUUUGAGUUAUUGUUACCUCAUGUAUCAUUUUUAUAUGUAAGGAUGUGCUGAUGUGUCCAGACAGAAAUCAUUUUACACGUGGUUUGUUUUUAUUUUAGAGCUAAAAUGAGGAAUGACUGGACCACAUUUCUGUUUAUAAGACACUUGACAAAAAACUUUAAGGGGAAAACAAGAAAAUAAAAACAUGGCCAAUAUACCGUGAACAUGCGGGUAUGUGAAGCCGGUUAUACUUUAGCCCAAAGAUGUGUGGUUGUGUGUGAUGUCCAUGUGUCUGGUGCCUUUAUGAUGAAGUAUCUUCAUUAUUUGUGCCACAUUUGAGUCAUUUGUACUUUACGUACUCUGUAAGUUCCUGGGUAUUCACAUUGCAUCAUAUACUUUUAAAAAGGCAUUUACUACCUUUGGGAUUAGACUAUUAUUAGAUUAUUUAGAGUUUUUGUAGACUUGGAAAGAUAAUAUGGCAAGAAACACUACGUCAUUAAGAUUAAGGGGAAUGUCACUGAAUUUUGUAUUUGCUUUAUAGUCAGAAACAAUAGAAAAUUUGGCCUGCAAAUUUAACCGUGAUGUCAUACUAAUGUGAAGCUUCGUGAAAUGAGAAACACAAUAAUCCUUUAAUUCAGUGGGAGAUACUGAGUGUGCUAUAAGAAAAAUUGGAGAACAACAUUUUCAAAUCCACAUUAUUUCAUUAACUUGCAGAAGAUCUACUUGUGGCUGUGCAUCUGGAUGACAUCACACAUCCCUGAUGUUGAAAUUUAAGAUUUAGCGAUUCACAACUUACUUAUUGGCUGCAUGUGUGAAUCACGUUCAUAAAUUUAGUGGCAUUUCCCUUAAAUUAGCCACUACUUGAAAUAAGCCAUAAGAAAUAAGUUUUAAAAUAAGCUGCACAUAUUAGAUUCUUGCCAGUAAAGAUCACUAGAUUUCCAACAUACUACAAUUACCAAAGGUAUUCUGGACAAAUGAGGUGUUUGAAAAUGUCAGAAUCCCUCAAAUCCCUUCUCCUUGUAAAACUUGAGGUUACGUGGUUUGAAGUUUUUUUUUUAUAUGUUGUUGCACUGUUGUUUCUAAACUGACUUAUUUAUGUUUCAUUCCUUUUGAGUUGUCGAGCUGUUGUAGAGGUUUUUUGUUUACUCACAUUGUGUAUUUAUUGUGUUUGACGUUGUGGGUUACACUUGAGUUUCAGUGCUGUGGUGAAUCCUGUGGAUUUGAAAGAGUAUCGGCAAUGCCAGUCGUAGUAUUAAUGUUAUAAGACGUUUGGUCUUGUAAUGCCAGAACAGAUUCAUAUUGAAUCUAACUGUACCUUUAAUUUGAAGAAUUUCUUACAUAUAUGUACUGUGAAUUUUUAGAUACGAUGAAGUAAUUUUCAUCAGAAAAUCAUCAACAGUAGGUUAUUUAAUUAGUAGCAUGGUUUUCUAAUCACACCGCCUCAUAUGGUUUCAGUAGUUCUUUAGAUACUUGAUACAACAGGCUUGUCUAUCGGAUGUCAAUGGGGUUUUAUUAUGUUUGCAUAAUAGACCUUCAUUAUAGCUGCUAAUGACAUCAGAAUAGUUAUACAAGCCUUUGGUCAAAUGCAAUGCGACAUUAACUGGGUUGGGUUCCACACAACACUAACUUACAGCUUUAUUCUACAGGUCCUUCACAUAACGAAGGAGGUUUUGCAGAUUGGCUGGAAUAUUAAUUUUUUUUUCUCUUUCUUUCUCUUCAGGUCAAAUCUACUUCAGCAGAGCAGCCAGUUUGUUUCAAAGCAAAGACAAGUGACCAUACCAAGGGUUCGGCAUGUUUCAGUAAAUCAAUAUAAUUUCCAGCUUCAAGGUAGUUUUCGCUUUGUUUUGUUUUUUUUUAAAUCUGUGCACGUUCUGAAAACUUGCAGAGAUUCAAAACACAAAACCCACAGUUGGUUUUAUUUUGUGUCAGUUUUCCCUCAGUGUUUCAUGAUAAUUGACUUGACUGUCAUUAUACGUGCAUAUGUGAGGCAUAAGAGUUUAAUCUAGCCACAGUUUAUACCUCUGAAGUGUUCAUCUAAAGCCUGCCCUGGAAGUCCAAACAGGUCAUUUGACAUCAUGUGCUGCUGUUUUUGAAGACUUCACCUGCUGCCUUAAAGCCUUGUUUAGCCUGCUGGUAAAAAACUAGUUUCUUUGCUGCAUGUUUUAUACAUCACUGGCGAAUUUAUGCACAAGUUCUUCCUCAGUUUCUGCAAAAUAGUAAAGAUGUUAUAGUAUUAAAUCUCCUGUUUUUUGUUUCACGUAAUAAUUGUUCCUUAAUUGGAUUUACUCAGCUAUCCACCAGAAGAUUAGUAACUGCAUUUAGUGUUGUCAAAUGACCUGUGAGUAAUGUAAAAUUAGAAGACUGGGAGCUACAAACGGGUUGAGAAAAAAGCAUUCAGAACCGCUGGUAUGGUCCAAUCACUUGUGGUGCUUCCUGUUUAAUAACAUUGGGCUGUUUGUGGUUGUUUUGCUGUCACUGAUUUAUUUUUUUGUUUGUUUUGGAUUCAUCAUCACAACAGAAUAAUCUCUGGGACUAAUGUGUACAUUUCUUAACAGCGCACCGAUGAGAGGAUCCAGCCCUUUUCUGUAUCCAUGAUGCUGCUUUGUCACCUGCUCUGCCUUAACUCAUUGGCUUAACACUUCAGGUUCUUUCACAGCUUCCAGCCUUGGAGUGAAGACUUUACUUCAAUUUGCUUCCUUCACUAAAUAGCCGUUGCUGCAUUCGAGUAUCGGGUCACAUUCCCUUCCAUUUCUGCUUUUCCUCAAUCGCCGUUCCUCCAACUUAAUGUACAAAAAGUCUCGCUCGUCUGUUCCUUGAUGCCGCUGUUGUUGAAUGAACUUAAAACUUCUGUAUUAAGCAGAUUGGCCUGCCUGGAUUGUUUGUUAGCCCAGUGGAUGGAGGUUUCCAUCUCUGUGACGAGAGCCGGGUUCACAGAGCAGACACUAAAGCAAGCUGCUUUAUGACUUUCACUGCACCCAAAGGUCAUCUCAGCUCCUUGACAUUCAUUGUUUGGUUGGAUUUCUUUAACAAAAAGACACUGGUUCCAUCAUCUCCAACAUCAUGGUGCACCAAAUACUUUCUGAAGCUCCAACCUGUUGAGUUUUGACGAACUGUUCACAAAGCAUCUGGUCGUGUGUUUGCACCUCUCACACUGAUGUGUCUUAUGAAGUUAUCUUGUGUUGGAUUAUUCUCAAGUCACUGUGCAAUUUUUUUCUGAUGCUGUAAACUGUGAUUUUUCAAAAGAUUUAAGAAGAUGUUAAAUAUUUUUGUACAAAAAGUUACAUUUUAUACCAAAAACAAAUGGAAAAUAAACUUUUUUCUGCACAUCUAAA